AUGCGUCGAAAUAGAAUAGGCACCAAAGCAGAAUUUCUAUGGGCAUGGGAUGUUGAAGAUAUCUCUCAAAUGAAUGGACCUUUAGCAGUCUAAGAAUACAUUUAAGAAUUAAUAAGAGCUGACUCAUCAAAUAUAAAAUAAAUCAUCACUCCUCCUCCCGAAGUAGAUAUUCAUGUUUGGCAAUAUGAACAUUUAAGACAAUUCAUUUUAGAAUUAAAUCUCUUAGUUACAUAAUUGAAAGGAUUAUGCACAGCUUAAACUUGUCCAAAAAUGAAAGCCACUGAAGAUUGGCUAUACUUAUGUGCUGCACAUAAAAAAGCAUAAGAAUGCUCGGCUAUUGAUUACAUGAUACAUAAUUUAGAUUAGAGCACAUCUAUUUUAACGAAUAUUAAAACAUACCCAUCAAGAGUUUCAAUUAAUCCUCAAAAUGCAACAAAUAAUUUUGCUUUUAUAGUUAGAAGACUCUAUAGAUUAUUUUCUCACACUUAUUUUAAUCAUAAGGAGAUCUUUGAAGAUUUUGAAAAUGAAAUGUUUUUGUGCACAAGGUUUACAGAAUUCGCCUUAAAGUUUGAUCUAAUGAGUCCAAAACUAAUAACAAUUCCAAAAGAAGCUUUAAAAUUAUGA